UUUGGAGGCUAGCCAUAAUACGCGAUAAACAUGGGGAGAUAUAGUGUUAAGAGAUACAAGACCAAGAGAAGAACCAGAGACUUGGACAGCAUCUUCUACGAGGAUCUUGCCAGUGCUGAGCGCCGUGACGAAUUGUUGAACAAGCAACCAUUGGACGAGACCAAGCCUGGUUUGGGCCAGCAUUACUGCAUCGAAUGUGCAAAGUACUUUGAAAACAAGGUUGCCAUCAAGACUCACUUGAAGGGUGGUAUCCAUAAGAGAAGAGUCAAGGACUUGAACGCUAGACCUUAUACUCCAUUGGAAUCCCUCGCUGCCUCCGGUACCAACAUGGAGUUGUUUGCCCAAAGCGUCGAGAAGUAUAAGAUGCUCGAUGCUCAGAGAAAGAUCGACAUGGCGAAGGAAGCCGAGUUGGUCAAGCAGCAAGAAGAGGCCGAAGAAGCUGCUAAGAAGGAAUUGGAAGCCGUUGAAGCCGCCGAAAUUGCUUCUGCUAGAGCUGCCAAGAAGGCUGUCAAUGCGCCAGCCGAAGAAGUCGAUGAAGAUGACAACUUAGAAGAUGCCAAGAUGGACGACGAAGUUGUUAUGGCUUAAAUCCCCAACACCCACUCCACGUUCCCAGUAUCCUCCCUUGCUUUCAUAUAGACCAGAUUAUGGCACCACAUCACUGUAUAUUACUAUUCUCACAAAAAGUGAAUCCUCCUUAAAUAAACUACGACGUUAACACUCUAUAGACCAAG